UGCGACCGGGCGUUUUGGCAAAAAAGCGUGAAAAAAAAUUCCACCAUCGCUCGGCGGCGCGGCUCGGCGCGCAAUGAUGAUGCCGCACACGCCUGCCGUCGUAAGUGUGAAGGCGCAGGUGGCCGUUACCCCCUGCGCGGGCGGAAGACGAAGCCGGACGGCAGUCUCGGCAGAGCCGGGAUGUCUAAGGGGACCAGGAUCUGGAUUGGAAUGGAGACCGCAGCAGCUGAGUCUGUCGUCGUUUGCACCUGCUGCUCGGGGAAGGGUGGUGAGAGCGCCAUGCAGCCGCCGCUGCGCGCCGACAAAAGGCGGCGGAUUUCGACACCCUCCGCACGUCGUUGGUGUUUGCAGGUUACCGCGGGGGGUGAAAGACGACACGUGUCACAUCCAGGGCGGCGCUCGAGAUAGGUGGCACCGUCCCGCGCGGCCAUGCGGAAUGCGUCGUUUUGAGCGGGUGGGGGGAGGAUGGGCGACUGCGACUGCCCGGAGGGCUCCCAGAGCAAGCCUUGAGAAUGACAUCAGCGUUGUUACCUUCCCUGAGGACUAUGACGAGCUUCUGCAGCAGGUUCAGGAGAGCACACGACGGGCUCUCCUCGAUGGGAAGCUGCUGCUAGAGAUCGAGUUCCCCACUGCUGGGCUUGACAGCGUGCCAGGCGAUGCUGAGGGCGGAAUUGAGAUGACGACUAGUAUGCGUUACGUUAGGGAGUUUUGCCGCAUGUUUGUAAGAUCCGAUCAAGCAGCUGUCACACGAGUGCUGUUUCCGGAUGCCAACGAGGUUCGUUUCGCACAGGCCGACGUGUUUGGAGGCACCCCAUUCCAGCUGGACUACUUGACUAAGCCUUCAUCCCUUGAGGAUAUAGGUCUAGGGCAAAAGCUGAAGAUGGCCGACAGAGUGAAGGCGACGGAUCGAGUCUUUGUGGCGGCGUAUCCUCAUUUCAAUGUGAAUGAAAUGCUGGCUGUUGCAGAUCUAUACGACAAUGUAGCGGAGGGGACACAAAGACCCGUCAUUGUGUUCAAUGGGGAGCUGGAUCGAAUCCGCAGCGGGUACUAUCCGCCAUUCUUCUACCCAAAACUAAGCGCUCUCAGCAAGACAUUGCUUCCGAAGUUCGAGACGGCUUAUUACCUCCACAAUUUCAAGGGGCGAUACAGAGGCAAGCUGUUCAGGGCUUACCCAGUGACCAUGACAAGGACGAGAACGGCAACGGUGACGAGGAUGCCAUGGAGGAAAACGAUGACGGACGAGGAAUCGCCGAGGAUGAUGGACAACGAGCGGGGAGGAGGACGGAGGAGAAGACGCAGGGCGACGAUGAUGAUGGAAGGAGAAGGAUGGAGAACGGAGGUAGAGGAAGGAGGAGGAGCGAAGAGGACGACGACGAUGCAUGGAGGAGGGAGAAUGGACGAGCAAGGAGGAGCGAGGAUGGUGGAAGGAAUGAGAAUCGGCACGGGACGCGAAGCAGGGAGGCAGGGCAAGGGGAGAAGGGAUAGGGCCGGUCGGGAGAAGCUCGCGAUACGUUGGGAUGAGGCACUAUCAGCGCGCUCCCGCUCACGAUGGAGGAGGACGGCGGAGGAUCACGACGAUGGAGAGAGGAGGAUGGAGGCGGAGGAGGGGGCAGGACGAGGAGAUGGAGGGAGGAGGAUGGAGACGGAGGAUGGCGCAGGACGAGGAGGAUGAAAGGAGAAUGGAGGAUGGAGCAAGGAGGAGGAGAGGGGAUGGACUAAGGACGAGGAGGAAGGAGAGCGGAGGAUGGAUGAACGAGGAUGAGGGAGGAGGACGGGACAAAGUCGACCACAGUUCUCUCUCUCUCUCUUUCUCUCUCUCUCUCUCUCUCUCUUCCUCCCCGCUCCCAAACAAAACAGAGAGGAAGAGAAUGAGAUCCUGUUUUCGCUGGCCCUCUUGUGUGUUUUAAUGUUUACUCAUUUAUUUACUUGAUUGUUUUUUUUUUUUUUUUUCAAAGGGCGAUGGCGUUGAGGUAUUGUCAUCGGACUAACCAGCCCAGGGACCAAACAAAAUGUAGAUCAGCGGGGUCUAAAACCCCAUAACUCUGCUCAUUACAGUAAAUGCUGUUUAAUGUC